AUGGGAGCUGGUGCCGUCCUCACUCUUGGCUUGGCCUUGACUCUGAGCGGUGACUGUUUGAGGAUGCACUACAAAUCUGGGGCACGAAGCGGCUCAAAACAUGAGUUCACUCGCCCACAAGUGUUUACCGAGGAUGGAAUUUUGUGCAAAUUUCCUUUUCGGUAUGGUGGACGGUUUUACCACUCGUGUGUAUCCGAUCGCUUUUCCCCAAGGGAAUGGUGUGCAACAACGCAUAACUAUGAUCGUGACGGGCAAUGGGGGUACUGUGCGUCAUUACCCGAAGACCACUCAGAUCACUGUGCAAACAGCCCUUGUCAGAACGGCGGGACCUGUUUCUUCGCCCGCGGCCACCGGCGGUACCACUGUGCCUGUCCCGAGGAGUUCACGGGGAGGAACUGCGAGAUGAAUAAAUGUUUUGAUGACCGUCUCCAUGAGUUCUUCGAUGUGAACAUGAGCUGGUCGAGAGCCCAACAAGGAGCAGUGGAGCAGUGCACAUGCGUGGAUGGCCAGAUCAAGUGCCAGAAAACUGAACACAAAAGUUGCGCUCAAAAUCCUUGCCUGAAUGGUGGUGAAUGUAAAAUGAUCACCUUCAGUGGGAGAAUAGUCUGUGACUGCAAAGGAGAAUUUGUAGGGAAGUACUGCAAUAUUGUUCCCAGCCAUCGGUGCUACGUUGGCAAUGGUACAGAGUACAGAGGUACUGCAAAGACAACAAUUUCUGGACACAGCUGCUUGCCCUGGAAUUCAGAUUUACUUUACCGAGAGCUCCACGCUGACAGUGUGGAAAAAGCAAUUCUCUUAGGCUUGGGACCUUUCUCUUACUGCAGAAAUCCAGAUGAGGAUGAGAAACCAUGGUGUUACAUCAUGAAGGACAACAGCUUGUCUUGGGAAUAUUGUAACAUUCAAUCUUGUGCAAGCAGGGAAAGGAGGCCGCCAGCUCCAGAUAAUGUGGAAAAUUUUGCAGUUGCCAGAAGACCAUGUGGGAGAAGGCACAAAAAAAGAAGUUUUGUGAGACCCAGGAUUGUUGGGGGAUCUUCAUCUUUGCCUGGAUCUCAUCCCUGGACAGCAGCUAUAUACAUUGGAGACAGUUUCUGUGGUGGAAGCCUUAUUCAGACUUGCUGGGUGGUGUCAGCAGCACAUUGCUUUGCUAACAGCCCACCAAAAUCCACUAUUAGAGUAGUUCUGGGUCAGCAUAUAUUUAAUAAAACGACUGAUGUAACGCAAACAUUUGAAAUAGAGAAAUAUGUCUUACAUCCUGAGUAUUCUGUGUUCAACCCUACUGACCACGAUAUUGUUUUGAUUAAGCUGAAGAAGAAUGGCCAGCGUUGUGCCGUCAAGUCCCAGUUUGUCCAGCCCAUCUGCUUACCAGAAAGUAACACCGUUUUCCCUGAGCAGCACAAAUGUCAGAUUUCCGGAUGGGGACACAAGCAUGAGAAUAUAUCUGGUUAUUCGCAUACCCUGCAAGAAAGUCUGGUACCAAUUAUUUCUGAGGAAAAAUGCAGGAGCCCUGAAGUUUAUGGAACAGAAAUCAGUGAAAAUAUGUUCUGUGCUGGAUACUUCGAUAGCGAGACUGAUGCUUGCCAGGGAGAUUCUGGCGGACCUCUGGCUUGUGAUGAAGAUGAGAUCUCUUAUCUGUAUGGAGUUAUCAGCUGGGGAGAUGGCUGUGGCAGAGUCAACAGACCUGGAGUGUACACGCGAGUGACUAACUACGUAAACUGGAUUAAUGAGAGGAUAGCCCCCCGCAAAAGUGCCAGCUGA